AUGUGCCUCUGCCUCAUCGACGAGGACAACCUGCUCUCCGGCGGCGUCAAGAACCUCAUCAAGCACUGGGACCUGAAGACGGGCGAGGUCAAGUUCGAGUACGAGGGCCACGACUCCUGGGUCAUGUGCAUCACGCUCUUCCCGGACAAGAAGAGCUUCCUCUGCGGGUCCUGCGACCGCACGAUCCGCCACUGGACCGUCGGCAAGGAGGAGUGCGAGCGCUACAUGAUCAAGCACACGCAGGGCAUCUACGGCAUCGAG